AUGGGAGCGCCCGCGCGCGCCCGGACCCUCUUCCCCAGCAGCGAGAGCGCGCGGAAAAGCUCCAGGGGCCCGCGCCAGUCUGCUCUCCAGCUGGAGCAGCGCAGACGGGCGCUGCUGGAAAUCCGAGAAGCCGAGUAUGGAGCCGACGCCAGGGCGCCCGAAGCAUCCUCGGGCCUCUCCCCUGACGGCGCCGAGGGCUCCUCCUAG